AUGAAAAAAGUAGACAAGAAUGAAUCAAAGCCAAAGGUUUCAGAAUAUUUGCCUAGAUGUGGUGUUACUGUUGAUCUAUAUUAUCCAGAGCAAAUGUCAAUAGAUCAACUACUAGAAAUAUUUGAACGUCGAGGUUUCAAAUCUCUAGUAUCCAAUGUAAAUACAUUAGAACAUAUUGUAAAUCUUUAUUAUGAUCAUCUUAUGCCAAAAUGUCAUCGAAAUGAAUGGAUUGAUGAAUUCAUUGAAUCUACAACUAUCCAUCCUUCUAUUGAUGAUGAUGACGGUGAUGACGAUGACGAUGACGAUGAUGAUGAUGAUGAUGAUAAUAAUAAUAAGAGUAAUUUAUCAAAAGAAAAAAUGAACUUAAAUGAUAAAAUCACUAAACCUAAACGAAAUAUAGAUCAUCAUUUAGAUCAUUUAAUUAUUACUUAUGAUGAGAAACGAUUUACUCCUCCUUGUUCUAUUCAAGCUUUAUCAUCAAAAGAACAUCAUCAGUUCAUAUGUAAAACAUCGAAUAGUUUACAUCAAGAUAAUGAUCAUCAUAGUAUACUAUCAUCUUUUCAUUCAACAAUCAAUGAGAACUCUUCAAAUAAUUCUAAAUUUAAUGAUCAUUCAUUGAAAUCAAUGAAAAAACGACCUAAAAUUAAUCGAAAUAAAUUUGUACUAUUACAACCUGGCGAUGAAGCAGAACUGCUUGGAGAUGAUGAAGAUGGUGAUUCUAACCAUGUGAAUAUAUCACACUCUACGACAGCAGCAUUGGAUCGUAGCAAUAGUAAUGGAUCUCCAAAUAGCCUUAACUUCCCAGCUGUAACUGCAAAUAAGACUGUCGGACGUAAACGUCCAGCCAGUGAACUGACACCUGAAAAAGAUUCAAUGACUGGUGUUGAGAAAGUUCUGAAAAUUGCACAUACAACUGAUGAUUCACAUGAUAUUGCUAAAGAGGAAAUAAAAAUUUUGUCGGAUUCUGAGCGUCUAAUAUCUCGUACUAAACGUUUUAUGUCCGAUGAUGAAAAAACAAUUGCUCGUGCUAAACGAUUCGGUUUACCAAUUAGUAAUACUGUAAAUACUGUAUGUUCAAAUGAUGCUUUAAAAUUGGAUGAAUUAGAAAAAUUAAAAAAACGUGCUGAACGAUUUGGUGUUACUACUAGUAAAACAUUAGAAAAGUUAACCGAUUUGGAGCGUAAAGCUAAACGUUUGGAGAAAUUCGGUAAACCUGUGUCAUCAGUGAAUACACAAAUUAAUGAUGAAUUAGCAAAGUCUAUUCGUGCACAAAAAUUUGGUCUAGUUUUAUCCAGUAACAACAGUAUGUCGGAUGCUGAAAAAUUAUCUAAACGUCAAGCACGAUUUGGUUUAGUUGAUAAUAAAAUUUAACACUGCAUGAAUUAGUUUGUAAAGUUUUUAUAUUUUUUCCAAAUAU